GCUGACGCGCUGGCGUGGCUCUAAGACUCGUCACCCGCGCUCCGGGCAAGCCAUGGCGGGAAGCGAGCCGCGCGGCGGAACUAGCUCGCCGCCUCCGCCCUUCAGCGACUGGGGCCGCCUGGAGGCGGUCAUCCUCAGCGGCUGGAAGACCUUCUGGCAGUCAGUGAGCAAGGAGAGGGUGGCGCGUACGACCUCGCGGGAGGAGGUGGAUGAGGCGGCCAGCACCCUGACGCGGCUGCCGAUUGAUGUACAGCUAUAUAUUUUGUCCUUUCUUUCACCUCAUGAUCUGUGUCAGUUGGGAAGUACAAAUCAUUAUUGGAAUGAAACUGUAAGAGAUCCAAUUCUGUGGAGAUACUUUCUGUUGAGGGAUCUUCCUUCUUGGUCUUCUGUUGACUGGAAGUCUCUUCCAGAUCUAGAAAUCUUAAAAAAGCCUAUAUCUGAGGUCACUGAUGGUGCAUUUUUUGACUACAUGGCAGUCUAUAGAAUGUGCUGUCCAUAUACAAGAAGAGCUUCAAAAUCCAGCCGUCCUAUGUAUGGAGCUGUCACUUCUUUUUUACACUCCCUGAUCAUUCAGAAUGAACCACGAUUUGCUAUGUUUGGACCAGGUCUGGAAGAAUUGAAUACCUCUUUGGUGUUGAGCUUGAUGUCUUCAGAGGAACUUUGCCCAACAGCUGGUUUGCCUCAGAGGCAGAUUGAUGGUAUUGGAUCAGGAGUCAAUUUUCAGUUGAACAACCAACAUAAAUUCAACAUUCUAAUCUUAUAUUCAACUACCAGAAAGGAAAGAGAUAGAGCAAGGGAAGAACAUACAAGUGCAGUUAACAAGAUGUUCAGUCGACAGAAUGAAGGUGAUGAUCAACAAGGAAGCCGGUACAGUGUGAUUCCACAGAUUCAAAAAGUGUGUGAAGUUGUAGAUGGGUUCAUCUAUGUUGCAAAUGCUGAAGCUCAUAAAAGACAUGAAUGGCAAGAUGAAUUUUCUCAUAUUAUGGCAAUGACAGAUCCAGCCUUUGGGUCUUCGGGAAGACCAUUGUUGGUUUUAUCCUGUAUUUCUCAAGGGGAUGUAAAAAGAAUGCCCUGUUUUUAUUUGGCUCAUGAGCUGCAUCUGAAUCUUCUAAAUCACCCAUGGCUGAGUGAAAACUUCCCAGAGACUUGUAUGCAUCAUAUUACUUCCUUCCACAAAUGGCUUAUACUCGGCAGAAGAAACACCCUAAUAUCUCACUGGAACUCGGGAAUUUUAAGAUUAUAGUAAAAGCUAUAAAUAUCUAUGUAUAGUUUGUAUAAGUUCCAUAUUUAAAUGUAUUUCUGUUUUGGACAGAAAGUUUGUAACAUAUAUUAUACAUAUAAUUGUAUUUAGUCUCUUUUAGGUCAAUGCUAUUACUAUUUUAACCUUUUUGUUGAGGAGGCAGAAUUUUGCCUAAUGGACUAUUGGGUUAGGAGACCUUUGAGAAAGACCUGUGAACAUACGGUUUCACAUUUGUCAGAAUGUUUACUUAGAUAUUUGUAGUUUUACUAUGCUAAGGCAUUAUUAAUAUUUCUAAUAAUUAAUAAUCCGAAGUUAUGAUAGAAGAGUGGUUUAAUUUAUUAAGUACCACAUGGAAGCAGAACAAUGCUUUUAUAUCAGCUCUCUUUUUUUAAAAUGGCAUUUCAGUUCUAUAAUUAAGAUAUUAUAUCUGAUGAAUGGAGAAAAUGAAAUAGUGUAGUAUCAAAUUCUAUGUCACUCACCAGAUUUAAACUAGUACCUUAUGCUCUUUUUUUCUUAUAGCACACUCCAGUAUUUAUAAUCUAGAUUUUUGUUAAAGCAAGAUACGUUUAUUUUUC